CGCGUAGGAACGCCGCGGUGCGCCCCUGGCGGCGGACCGUGCAAGCGAUCCUUGCGGAAAUAAUUAUCGCGAUUUAUGUUAUUUGCAAAUGUGAUCUGAAGCUAUAAUUAAUUAGGUAAUGCCGUGCAGCGGUGAUUAACAGUGACGAACGGGCUUUCGGAGGUAUCCGGCUUCGCCGUAGUGGAGUGCAUCAGCGUGGUCGCGGCGCGGGAAUGGAUCUGGCAGAAACUAUGAAGAACAUUGUUGCCAAAGGUAUGCAAACAGAAAUGGGUCCAGCGGUGGAGGCUCAGGCUAUCCUGCUACACCAAGCAGCGCUGGUUACGUCACGGAGAAGAUGUACAUGCUGUUACAGGCUUAUUUGCAAAGUAAAAGUUGGAAUCCCAGUAUCGAACUGUUACAAUGUUUUUCAGAAUUCAAGGAUGCCUCUAUGAUGCCAAGUGCUGCUUACGUACAGAUGAUAGCAUCUAGAGUUGCACUAGAUUCACAAGGAAGAUUAGUUCUUCGUGAGAACGGAAAAAUAAUACUUCCUUAUGAGCAUUUUGCCAACGCCGUGAUGUUGAAACACAUGAAUGGGCCACACGGCUUGCAUUUGGGCCUAGAGGGUACAGUCAGAGCAGUCAUGGAGUCUUAUACCAUUGGGAGGGAGUGCUUCGGAAUGGAGAAAGAGUUUAUCAUAGAAGUCGUACAGAAUUGUCCAAAUCCUGCUUGCCGUUAUUACAAAAAUCAGUUGGAACUUACUCAGAAGAUGGGCCACAUGGCACCCACUUACAUCCAGGAGAAUGAAGCUACCGCGUCCCUCUUGCGUACCGGUUUUCCGCACAGCACUGAUUUCCAGGCGACAUUGAGCGGUGCUAAUCCGAAUACGCAUAUGGGAGGAGGCUCCGCAGCAGAUUUACCGGAAAUAAGAGGUGCUAGUAACCAAAUGAAUCUUCAACGUCCUCCAAGCCGUCCAUCGUUAAAUAUUCCGCAUCGGCCUGUAUCGCAAGAGAAGAAAGUGUCAUCCGGCAAGCAGCACUACGAAUCUCUAAUACCUAACAUACCGAUCACCGAUCACAAGUUGACGGAUUUUCUACGCAAUAAUCUGGAUAACUUGGACAAUCUCAGCGCACUGAAUUUAGGGAACUUGCAAGGAUUAGGGAAUGCUAAUAAGGAUCUGUUGGCAAUGCACAAUGGCGCAUGGCCUUUGGAAGGUGAAAAAAGCUCUCGAUCAUCAUCCGCGAAUUCGGAAGGAGGUCAAGAAAAGAUCGUGCGUGCAUUUGCAGAGGUAAUGAAGAAUAUGGCAAGAAUGAAAUCCUGCGUACGGCCAGCAAUGUGCAAGCCAUACGGCAAGCAGUCCGAGGCUUUGCAAAAAACAUUGGUUGAUACUAUACAGCUUGUACAAUCGUUGAGAAGCUUCUUGCCGCCUCCACAUAUACCAGUCUCCAGCUGGAAAAACGAAGAUAAACACCGAUUAGAUCAUACUGGUACACCUUACUUGUCAACGUUAAAAGCUAGUGGGAUGGAAGAAUUGUGCGAGCAGCGUAAGUUGGACUAAGCGUUAUCUUCGCUUUACUCGCAACAGACCAAAUUUCGUCUUUUGCGCUCUAUGAUGUUCUAGUCAGAAAAUGUUUAUCGAUUAGCUGGGUGUUUCUUAUCUAAACAACCCGAUGGAUUGCUCAAAAAAAGUUGUUGGCGUUUAGGACUUCAAAUACUAAGAGACAAAAUGAGUCAUGCGUGGACUGUGAUAAACGUGGAUAGCGAGAAAAACAAGAUUUAUAUGUAGGACUAGAAACUCACACACCGCGUCGUCUUAGGGGUUCUUACUAGCUUUAUUUCAUCGCUGCAGUCUGAUUUCGUGUCGCGACUUCUCUCAAUCUGCCUAUGGGGCUUAUACGGCGAUUAAUAUAUCGACUGAUCCCGCCGUCACUGAAUGCUGAACGAGUGAACUGUGAUGCGAACGACAUGACAUACACGGCAUGAAGAGCAUUUAUAUUUUAUCGUAUCGAUUUAACAAUUUACCGCUUGUGUUCCAAUGAUUACCUGAUUAAUAGUAUAUCGUGUAGAGCUUUUUUAUAUACUAUAUGUAAAAAAAUUAUUAUAUAAGCGUGUAAAACUUAAAUGGAAAAUGAGAAGCGAAGACUAAAUUGGCCUGGUACAAAAGCUUUUGCUACUAAUCGUUAUUUGACGUUGCAUGAGAAUAGGGGACGACGAUGACCCUUCUGAAUUUCGUGUUACUUCGUUUUUGUUUUUAACUGUUUGUUGAAUAUAUAUUCUUUAAAGUAACUUCGAAUUAACAUACACACGAAGUUACUCGACUAGCAAAGAAAUUACUGUGUUCAACUUAUGUAUAUAUAUUUUUUCCAAAAGAAAGGUAUAUCUAUAUGCGUUAUUAUUUAUUUUUAAGGAUAAGAUGAGCAUAUACAUAUAUCGUUGUUAUUUCUAGUACUAUUUGCUAAUUGAGCAUGCGUUACGAAUGUUGAGAGAUUUGCAAUACCCCGUAAGCUCCAUGGGCAGUAUAUGCGGUGUGCACGUAAAAAAAACGGGAAAAAAAGUCAUUGUGGUCAAUUGAUAUAGGUAUUUUUUAAGAAACAAAUUAUUUCUUAAUAUAUAUGUAUAUAUACAUGAUAAGCGAGGAAAAGAACGAAGUCGUUACGUCAUUGGACGAUUCUUAAGAGGGUGUGAUUCGCACUGACGCUCAAAGACUUUUCACCGUGCACGAAGUAUUAUUUACAUAGAAACGUUUUUUUAUCGUCGCAAGGGAAACGCGAAUAAGGGAAGGAAAACUCUAUUCGUUAUCCAUUCGCGAGGCAUUCGAUGCAAUGCUCGAGUAAACGUCGUGUCUCGAUUGCGGGGAUAAAAACUGUUUCUCCGUUCGGUUGUUAUAUACGCAUAUAAGCGAUAUGGUAAGAUGUUUCCUUCUUUCUCAAUAAUGUAGGAUUACAGGCAUUUUCGUCUCUGGAUGUAAGAAACGACAAAGUGCCGCGAAUGUCUACUGCGUACGCGAAAUUGUGUGUCGCGGUAAUGCGAAUGCAUGGGCUGUGUCUUGUGGAUCGCGUGUGUGUAUUGAUCUGCGAGUGCGGAGUUUUCGGCUAUCGGAUAGCAAAAUUUUAUAUGAAUGCGCGCGUAUGUUAAAGGUGUCUUUCUAUACAUGUAUCUGUUAUAUUUACUACAUGUAUGCAGCGAAUGUGCCGAUCGAUUACCAUUUAGGAGUCGGAUCUAUAGAUCUGAGCAGACCGUGCGAGUUGUCAAUCUCUCUCGUUCCGUUCUCUUUCUUCUUUUUUUUCUUUCUUUUUCUGUUGCGCAUUAUUGAUUUCUUUCAUUUAUUUUUGCUCUCUUUGCUUUACUUUGUGUCCGUUGCGUUCAGAUUGCAGAAUGCAUACAAGGGCACAAUGAUAAUAAGUCGAAAGAGUAAUUUUUGAUAGUACUUCUUUAUUUUAUCUCUCACGGGUAGUGACUGUGGUUUAAACAAACGCAGAUCCGGCUUCUAUAGACUGCGUUUUUUGUUGACAUACAUAUUAUAUAUAUAUCGACAAGGAGGCUGCUGCAAUAUGGUUCAUAAUUGGACGAUAACUUGUUGCACACCAAAGUGUAUUUCCAAUAACUAGAUGGACUUAUUUCUUAUAGUAGUUAUUAUAUAAAAAACGAGAAAAAAAAACAACAAACAAACGUAACACCGUUUGUUUUUCGCAGUCGGUCGCACAAUCGACCGCCUGCGAUUUAAGCAUAUCCAUGUCGCUGCAAUUUAUGCCAAGUGGGGAAUAAGGAGUGCGGAAACAAAGUCUGAUAAGAAUUUUUAUGAAUUGAUAUUUGAAAUAGAAUCUCGAGAUGUGUGUGUAUAUAUAAAACUGAGAGCUGUGUUCGCCAUCUGUAAUCCAUCUUAUCCUACGAAUUAUUAUUUGGACACAAUCGUGCGAUUGCUCAAAAUGUCACAAUGAGUAUGUACGUUUAUUCGUUUUUGAAGCGAAAGUUGCAGCACUGUAGUACGUCUGUCUUUUUAUUUCCCGGUUUACACAUUUGCUUACACAAAACAUAUCUUGUACAUUUAUAUUACACUUCAACGUUACCAAUGUCAGUUUUAGAUUGAAUUUUGUUUCUUCUCUUCCGCGCUUUCGUUUUUCUUAUCUCAGUUACGUUCCGACAUUUUUGUAAAUAAUGCUUUCUGUAUUAUUAUAAUAUCUCCUACAAAUUAACAAAUAAAUACCUUUCAGAGUUUAAAACAUUUUUCCUAUUCGUGUCUUAGACUGAUUUUACGACUGCAGUUGCUGCGACUGACGCUUCAGUGUGCGUCACUUUACAUUCUUUUUCGAACAUCAUUUGUUAAUUCCUACUAAUUUAAAUAAUUGGCAAGAGACAGGAUGCGGUUCUAGAGGGAUGUUCUCGAACGCAGUUGAGCACACGAGGGAAGGGGCAGAGAAAUGAAAGGAAGACGUAAUACAGAUUUCGUUUCCGGAUCUCGUUACUCUCGCGCCAUAUCUAUACCAUAGAUACCGUGUACACGUUUCCGCACCGAAUUCGACAGUAAGAUGAUAAACGAUUAUAAAAUGCGCACCGUUUCCGAUCCGUUGUUCCCUUUUUAGACUCGGAUCGAUAAUCGAUAUUCGUACACCAAACGCUAACCGCUGUGUCUGCACAUUAAGCUCGUUGUCGCUUGCCAGUAUUGCUCUUCUGUAUUCUCGCAUAAUUCUAACUUAUGACAGCAAUCAUUAAAGUUUUUACAAGUGU